UGCCACUCCAAAUUCCUCCACCUCCAACGGAUUAAUCAUUUUAUUUAUGAGGCUUAAAGGCCCAAAUCCCGCUAAACCCGGGGCUUUGCCAGAUAAACAGCCCGCUUUGCAAAGGCAGCCCGUUUGUGAAAACACAAUUAGCAAACCCUGUAAUCUGCACUAAUUAUCGGGUCGCAGCCCUCGCCCGGCGGCGCACUGUGGGGGCUAUGGGGGAGAUGGGGGACGCGGCUCCCGCGGCGCGGACCCCCUUCACCAUUGAGUACCUCCUAUCGGCGCGGGGCAGUGCGGGGUCCCCCCCGCCCCCCAGCGGCACCCCCACGUCCCCCCCCCGCCCCACGGCGCAGCCCGGGGACAAACCGGCGCAGUCCUACAUUGCGCUCAUCUCCACCGCCAUCCUUUCGUCCCCGGAGAAGAAGCUGCUGCUGUCCGACAUCUACCAAUGGAUCAUGGAUAAGUACCCCUACUUCAAGAACAAGGAGAAGAGCUGGAGGAACAGCGUCCGCCACAACCUGUCCCUCAAUGAGUGCUUCGUCAAAGCCGGCCGCAGCGACAACGGCAAAGGCCACUUCUGGGCCAUCCACCCCGCCAACCUGGAGGACUUCGCCAAAGGGGAUUACCACCGGCGCCGGGCACGGAGGCGCAUCCGCAGGAUGGCGGUGAACAUUGGCUACUGCCACCCCUACGCCCUAUACGGCCUCGGCUGCUGCUGCCCCUGCUGCCCCCCGGCGCCCACCGGACCCCCUCUGGGCCCCCCGGUGCUGCCCCCCCUCGCGCUGCCCCCCGGCCCCCACCGCGGGCGAUGGGGAUGGGGGCGGCCGCCGGGUCCCCGCAUCCUCGGUCCCCUCUUCCCCGCUCCCCGGCCCCCGUUCCUGUAG